GUCACUUGUUGCAGACACGAGUGCUAGUCAUUGCAACAGUGCAUGUUGCAUUCUUGACAACAAAGCUUGCUUAUCGAGAUGGUUAUCAAGAUAAGACACUUUGUCUAAAUCAUCAUGUAGUGGCGUCUUAGAACUGCCGAAGCCCUCAAGCAGAACAAAGGAGUCGGAGAAAAUUGGUCAUGAAUCACUUAGGAAUGUGUUAACAGGUUACAGGAUGUAGCUCACAUUAUGCUUUUAAUGACUUUCAUAUCCUUCUAAAAAUGUAACGGGCAGACUGACAGGUUUGAGAGCGCAAAGCGAAAUUCAGUUCUCACUUUGUGCUUAUCAGACUGUUGAGGUUUUUAAUGUAAAUCUGGUGCUUCUAAAAAUAAAAUAAAAACAUUUUCACAUAUUCGUGAAAGAGGGAAGCAACAAGCAACGUUUUGAGGGACUGAGAGACUGCAGCUGUUCAUGCGUAUCUGCUUAUGUCUUCUGUGUGUCUCCUGGGUUUAGGAACUCAUCGAAUACCUGCGCUCCCAUUCCCACAGUGCGGUCUACGCCACCUCCAUGUCUCCUCCUGUGGUGGAGCAAAUCAUCACUUCUAUGAAGUGCAUUAUGGGAGAGGAUGGCACAACAAUAGGCAGUGAGCGUGUGCAGCAGCUGGCAGAGAACACGGUCUAUUUCCGCAAGAGGCUUCGAGAAAUGGGCUUCAUCAUCUACGGCAACAACGACUCUCCCGUCGUACCCUUGAUGCUCUACAUGCCUGCCAAGAUAGGAGCGUUUGGCAGGGAGAUGCUGAAGAGGAACAUUGGCGUGGUUGUCGUGGGCUUCCCUGCUACACCCAUCAUCGAAUCGCGAGCACGCUUCUGCAUCUCUGCCAGCCAUUCGAAAAACAUGCUCGACCAGGUAAACACACACUUAAAAAUAUCUUAACACGUGUUUAGUAUUCAGCAUGUCUCAUUUAACACAUUCUAGAUAUGAUAUUCUUUUAUGGUAAUACUCAUAGGUAAAAGUCGACAAUGAUUUCUCAAAAUUU